AUUUAGAAAUACCCCAAUGUUUAUCGCCAAAGAUGGAAGAGGAAGAUUAAAACAAUAAUUUGCAGAAAAGCCCUGCCUUCCCAGAGAUCUAGAGUGUAAUGCAACCAUAUGUUGCUGAGGAGCUCGAAUCUUGGCUGCCUUCGCCCCUCUGCACGAGCAGAAACCCCGGUUUUCAGGGGCCGUGAUCUCAUCGUGUCGCUCUCACUUUUGAAGAAAAAUAAUUAAGCAUGGGCAAAGGAGAUCCUAAGAAGCCGAGAGGCAAAAUGUCAUCAUAUGCAUUCUUUGUGCAAACUUGCCGGGAGGAGCACAAGAAGAAGCACCCAGAUGCUUCUGUCAACUUCUCAGAGUUUUCUAAGAAGUGCUCAGAGAGGUGGAAGACCAUGUCUGCUAAAGAGAAAGGAAAGUUUGAAGACAUGGCAAAGGCGGACAAGGCCCGUUAUGAAAGAGAAAUGAAAACUUAUAUCCCUCCUAAAGGGGAGACAAAAAAGAAGUUCAAGGAUCCCAAUGCACCCAAGAGGCCUCCUUCGGCCUUUUUCUUGUUUUGUUCUGAGUAUCGUCCAAAAAUCAAAGGAGAACAUCCUGGCCUAUCCAUUGGUGAUGUUGCAAAGAAACUGGGAGAGAUGUGGAAUAACACUGCUGCAGAUGACAAGCAGCCUUAUGAGAAGAAGGCUGCUAAACUGAAGGAAAAGUACGAAAAGGAUAUUGCUGCAUACCGAGCUAAAGGGAAGCCUGAUGCAGCAAAAAAGGGAGUCGUCAAGGCUGAAAAAAGCAAGAAAAAGAAGGAAGAGGAGGAAGAUGAGGAAGAUGAAGAGGAUGAGGAGGAGGAGGAGGAUGAAGAGGAUGAAGAGGAAGAAGAAGAUGAUGAUGAUGAAUAAGUUGGUUCUAGCGCAGUUUUUUUUUUCUUGUCUAUAAAGCAUUUAACCCCCCUGUACACAACUCACUCCUUUUAAAGAAAAAAAUUGAAAUGUAAGGCUGUGUAAGAUUUGUUUUUAAACUGUACAGUGUCUUUUUUUGUAUAGUUAACACACUACCGAAUGUGUCUUUAGAUAGCCCUGUCCUGGUGGUAUUUUCAAUAGCCACUAACCUUGCCUGGUACAGUAUGGGGGUUGUAAAUUGGCAUGGAAAUUUAAAGCAGGUUCUUGUUGGUGCACAGCACAAAUUAGUUAUAUAUGGGGAUGGUAGUUUUUUCAUCUUCAGUUGUCUCUGAUGCAGCUUAUACGAAAUAAUUGUUGUUCUGUUAACUGAAUACCACUCUGUAAUUGCAAAAAAAAAAGAAAAGUUGCAGCUGUUUUGUUGACAUUCUGAAUGCUUCUAAGUAAAUACAAUUUUUUUUAUUA